GUGCGCUUGGCACUGGUGUCUGGACGGAGCUCAGGUUAGCCGCUAUGGGCUAACAUCAGGAGAAAUGAAUGAUGGGACUGUUAACAACAGCAGCAGCAGCUCACAAAGUAAACGCCACGGCGAGGAAACCAGGAAACUUUUCUUAUUUCAAAACAGAACAUGGUGAAGAGUUUCCGGGUGUCCGACCUGCAGACACUGCUGGCCUCUAUGGGGCGCAGUAAAAGCGGGUUAAAACAGGACUUGGUGGGCCGAGCUUUGAGACUGGUGCAGACAGAAUACAGCCCGGAGCUGCUGAAGAACGUCCGGCAGCUCUAUGAAACGCGCUUCCCUAAAGCACCUGGAUGGUUGGCUGCUCGUCGCCCAGAGGCGAUACCAGCAGUGUCCUAUCCAACGAUCAACUCGUCCCCACGAAGCACAGCCCAGGGCACAGACUACCUCAAUGGCAUGCCCAAGCUGGCUGCUCCACCAGCCGCUGAAGUUAAACUAGUGCCCCUGCCCUUUUACCACAACCUAGAAACAUUGUUGCCACCCACAGAGCUAAUUGCACAGAAUAGUGAGAAACUACAGGACAGUCAGUGUGUUUUCGAACUAACACAGAGUCAAAUAGACCAGAUCCGAAACUCCAGUGAACUUCGCCCGGGUGUAAAAUCGGUUCAGGUGGUCCUUAGAAUCUGUUACACUGACUCCAUUGGUGUUCAGGAAGAUCAGUACCCUCCCAAUAUUGCUGUCAAAGUGAAUCAGUCCUACUGUCAUGUUCCCGGUUAUUAUCCUUCCAACAAACCAGGUGUGGAGCCUCGUCGUCCUUGUCGCCCUAUAAAUAUCACCCCCUGGCUUCAUCUUUCAACAGCCACCAACAGAGUCACCAUUACAUGGGGCAACUUUGGAAAGCGGUAUUCUGUGGCUGUGUACCUAGUGAGGGUCUUCACAUCUGCAGAGCUCUUUAACCAGCUCAAGCAUUGCUCAGUGGAGAGUGCUGAGCGAUGUCGUGAACGCAUUCAAGACAAACUGCGUUUUGAUCCGGAGAGUGAGAUUGCCACUACAGGACUGAGAGUGUCUCUGAUCUGCCCACUGGUGAAGAUGCGUCUGGGAGUGCCGUGCCGGGCGCUCACCUGCGCUCACUUGCAGUGUUUCGAUGCUGUCUUCUUCUUGCAAAUGAACGAAAAGAAGCCCACAUGGACCUGCCCUGUAUGUGACAAACCUGCUCCCUUUGAGCUGCUCACCAUUGAUGGAUUACUCUCAGAGAUCCUGAAGGAGACUGAAGAUGUGGAAGAGAUUGAGUAUUUGACUGAUGGCUCAUGGAGACCAAUCAGAGAUGACAAAGAAAAAGACAGGGAGCGGGAAAAUAACCACUCUCCGGAGUAUCCGGUUGUGGAUAUAUGUGUUCCUGAAACAAAUGGCCACUCCCCAGCACACAGUAGUACAAGCCAGACGGGACGAUCGGCAUCGAGCGGCCCAGCAUCGGGCACGGGAGGUGCCAGCGGUACUUCAGGUGGCGGCGCAGUGGUGGACCUUACGCUGGACGACUCAUCAGAUGAGGAAGAGGGUGGCGGGGGGGCUGGGGACAGCGAGGACACAGAAGACAGCCAGGACAGCCCAGCACCGAAGAGGGGCAGAUACGAUUAUGACAAAGAUCUUGUCACUGCAUACUGAACCAGGCUGUGGAUACGGACAGAGGGAGAGGGGAUAUGGGUUCAGGUCUGAGCCCUAGAAAAAUCCCCUCACUCCCAGCGUUUUCUCUCCUAAAAUGCGUUUCCCCAAAAUACUCGUACAGACAUACGAACACAUGCACAAACUGUUGACCUCUGGAGCAGGUGGGUAUCCUCAUGACACCACUGGAAAUCCAUAGAUGCCCACAAAAGCCAUCCUCUGUCUUCUCCAUGGGAUCAUAAUACUCUUUUCUCCCUUUAAAUAACUAUGGAUGAGUUAUAAACCACCUUUGAUUCAUUCUCUUCCAUCUCCCCCACACUUUUUCAGCCCAAACCACUUAGCCUCAGUCACCAUAGGAAUUGUAGCUUUCACCAUAGACAAGUUCUGUGAGGAGCCGAAAAGGAUUCGUUGUCAGCAAUAUAUGGUCAGAACUGCUAGUGGCAUAUACAGAGACAACUGCAAGUUAGGUUAAAAAAAAGAAACUUUAGGGAUUCAAAUUGUUAUGACAUAAUUAGUACAAAGGCACUUUCAUUGGGUUUAGAUAUAUUGUGAAUUCAAAAGACAAAAUAUCACCUGUCUCUGUUAUUAUGCAUGGUUUGAAAAGACUUGGAAGGUAAUGGUUUGGUUUUCAUAUUUGUGUCCCCCUGUAUUUCUCUUUUGUUCCAUGGAAAUUGACAACCUACCUCAGUCUAAAGGCAAACUUGACCACAACUUGAAAGUCUAAACGUGACAUGACUUGAUUUUUUUUUUUUUUUUUUAAUAAAAAAACCUCUAACACUGGAAAGAAAAGAAAGGUCAUUUGCUACAUCAUGUCCUGCCCUUAGAAAUCUCACUAAAACAGCCCUGGACCUUUCUUACAAACAAUGGAUUUCAAUUUCCUAUCAGGCUUGCUCAAAGUCCCCAGCGCUGCGCUUUGUCUCCUAGCUGAAAUAAAGAAUGGCCUCAUCAGUGGAAGUGUGAGAACUUUUCAAAAUUGAUGUUCCACUUGGUAAAUAUUGUACAGUAGGAGCUAAUGAGAUAUAUAUCAGAACUUAAAUGUAUGAUUGCAAUCUCAGUCUCACUUUUGUGGAUUUUAUACUAAGGCUGUGAAGUGCAUGGAGCUGCUUUCAGGAGAACUUAACCUUGUGGAAGGCAGGGAGCUGAAAUGAAGCCUAGAUAAUGCCAAGAAAUAGAACAUCCAUUUAAUUCAUUUGUAGAAGUAAACUUCAGUGACUGCUUGAACUCCGAUGGAGAUAAAAGCAUCUAACCCGAUUUGUGCAAUUUUUUUUUUCUUUUCUUUGAUUUAUUCCUUUUUUCCCCCAAAUCAGUCAUGUUUUUUCCCUUAAUUGGACUUUUUGGUUUGAAACUGAUAGGAGACUUUGUUUCUACUGUGAGCCCUGUGAAUCAUACAUUGAUGUUGGAUGUCAUUUGUUUUGUUUUUUCUUUGUCAGGACAUGGGUAUGUUGGCUAAUGUGGAAUCAGUGAUCGAUGUAACAUGCAACACUUCUUGUUUUUGACAUUCAAAAAUCCUGUAUUUAUUGUUUUGAUCAUUCGUCUUGAAGUAGCAUUUUGUAUUAUUUGUACAUAUUGAGGCGUUUGAGAAGAGUGCAGUGCUAUUUGAAGUGCUAGUUUUUGGAAGGUAAAAUAUAUAUGGGUAGGAGGCUGGUUCUGAUUACCGGGUUAGAUUGGACAUUUUGCUGCAUCCACUCAGAAAUCGCAGAAGUCUGUAAUCCACUUGCCUGUGGGCUAGUUAUGUGAUACAGUAUACAUGGACAUAUCGUGAGGAACUAGUUUGACUUGAUCUUAAUCACAGAAGCCUGCUCUGGGUUGUAUUUCAUGCUUCAGUUAGGGUUAGUAUAUGUACUGGGGAGGAGAUGGAGGCUGACCACUUGAAAGGGGCAUCAAUGUUUUGGUCCAGAGUCCAUCAAAAUAACUUGAUUAGCAAGCCAUAAUAUUAGAUUGAAGGGGCUAACAGUUUGCAAAUUCUUUUCGGUGAAUAGGAAGAGAAACCACUGCAUAAUGUUCACUGUUCUGAGUGACAGCCCUGCUUUACCCCCACCCCGCCCCUCAAAUCAUCACGGAUUCUAACUUGAAAACAUACUGUAUGUUGUGUCCAUACUGUAUUCCAUAUGUGCAAGGGAAUGUCUUAACUGAAAACCGCAACAGUGAAGAAAGUCAAUUUUCAUUUUGAUUUGCGAGUCGCAUAUGGUCUUCCAUAUAUUGUCCACAAUAUGCCCGGCUUCAGUUUUUAGUAGAGAAAUUGGCAUAUUCUUUUCUCUUUUGUAGUCACUGUUCUUGUUUUUUGUUCUCCAACUGGACCACAUUUUGACUGAUGGGUUUUUCUCGCAUUGUUUUUGUAGGACCUUGAAUAGAUUUCCAUUCUACAUUUAAAAAAAAAAAAUCUUUAGAAGAGAAUUGGUUAGAUAAAUGUUUAUUUGUAUGAAGAAUGACUUUCAGCUUCGUGUUGGUAAAGUGUUGAGUCUCACUGAUUUUUGAAAUCUGGGGUUUGACCUAAAGUGGUUCUUUGGGAUUGGAAACAAAUCUUUACUGGUGACAUCCCUUCUUAUUACAGUGCUUAAGAUAGCAUGGGCAGUGGCUUGCAAUGUAUUUUUUUUUUUCUGUCUUUUUACAUGUUGAUAUUAAAAGCCAAUAAAUAAUAUUUUAUUAAUUUU